AGACCCACUCAAUGUAAGAGAGACUGCACUCCAAUGUAGUCCAUCAGAAAGGGUAUCUAGCUAACGUUAGCUAUAGCCAUUUUACUUGGUGCAUUUGGUUGUAAGCCGAAGUAAAAAUAAUGGCUAAGCAGCUAGGAAAGGAUUUGGAUGGGAUCAUUGGGGUGUAUGUAGUUUUGUGUCACGAGGGUGCUUGUUGCGUUGUGUACUAAAGGUGGGGAGGUAUCACUUGGGUCUUGCUGCCGUCUGUUUACCUAGCCAACUGAAUUUGCUACACCAGCAAAGACAUAUUGGGAUGUCCAUGAAGCAAGUUCAUCGUCGCAGUUGCAAAUGGGAACUUGUUCUCAACUAGCCAACCUGGUUAAAUAAAGGGGCCUGAGCAUGGACCGCCGACAAUGCUAGUGCUACCAUGGGCAGCGUCACACUGCGCUACUUCUGCUACGGUUGCCUCUUCACCUCUGUGACCUGGUCCGUCCUGCUCUUCCUCUACUUCAGCCUGAGCCAGGACAGCGGCCGGCCCUCCUUCAGGAAUGUGCUCAUCCAGGGGCCUCAGGCCAAACGCUUCCAAUCACGCUUCACCAGGAGCCCCGGAGGAGGCCAAGAGCAAGGCAUCAAGGCAGUCCCUGCAGCAAGAGGCAACAAAAAGGCCGAUCUCUCUCCGGAGAUGGGUAUGAUUUUUAAUGAGCAAGACCAGGAGAUUCGAGACAUGGGCUAUCACAAGCACGCUUUCAACGUACUCAUCAGCAAUCGACUGGGCUUCCACCGAGACCUCCCCGACACUAGGGACGACAGGUGCCGAGAUGGAAUCUAUCCUCUGUCCCUCCCCACGGCCAGCGUAGUGAUCUGCUUCUUCAACGAGGCGUUCUCCGCCCUCCUGCGCACUGUGCACAGCGUCCUAGAUCGCACGCCUGCCUACCUGUUGCAUGAGAUUAUACUGGUGGAUGACAGCAGUGAACUAGCUGACCUGAAGGAAGACCUGGACAUCUAUGUCCAGCUCAACCUCCAGGGCAAGGUCAAGGUGGUCCGCAACGAGAAGAGAGAAGGACUGAUCCGAGGGAGGAUGAUAGGGGCCUCUCAUGCCACAGGGGAGGUGCUGGUGUUCCUCGACAGCCACUGCGAGGUAAACGAGGCGUGGCUAUCGCCCCUGCUGGCGCCCAUCCAGCGGGACCGCAAGACGGUGGUGUGUCCCGUCAUCGACAUAAUUAGUGCCGACACGCUGGCCUACAGCCCCUCCCCCAUCGUCCGGGGGGGCUUCAACUGGGGGCUGCACUUCAAGUGGGACCCUGUGCCCGCCUCAGAGCUCAACGGCCCCAACGGAGCACUGGGCGCCAUCAGGUCCCCCACCAUGGCCGGUGGUCUGUUUGCCAUGGACAGGAAGUACUUUAACGAGCUGGGCCAAUACGACAGCGGCAUGGACAUCUGGGGCGGCGAGAACCUCGAGAUCUCCUUCCGGAUCUGGAUGUGUGGGGGCCAGCUCCUGAUCAUUCCCUGUUCGCGGGUUGGUCAUAUAUUUCGUAAACGGCGGCCCUACGGGUCACCCGGAGGUCAGGACACCAUGGCCCACAACUCCCUGCGCCUGGCCCACGUAUGGAUGGAUGAAUACAAGGAGCAGUACUUCAACCUUCGGCCGGAGCUCCGGGAACGCGCCUACGGUGACAUCAGCGAGCGGCAGGCGGUGCGCCAACGGCUGCAGUGCCACUCUUUCAAGUGGUACCUGGACACCAUCUACCCUGAGAUGCUGGUGGCCUCAACCCACAACAAGCCUCAGCAGCCUGUGUUCGUCAACAAAGGUCUCCGCAGGCCCAAAGUGCUGGAAAGAGGCCGGCUACGGAACCUGCAGGCUGACAAGUGUCUGGUGGCUCAAGGGAGGCCAAGCCAGAAGGGGGGUGCCGUGGUGCUGAGGGCCUGUGACACACACAACCUAGAACAGGAGUGGGCCUAUGAUGAGGAGCACGAGUUGAUCCUGACUGGCCUGCUGUGUCUGGACAUGUCCGAAAUCCGCUCGUCUGACCCGCCCCGUCUCAUGAAGUGUCACGGCUCAGGAGGCUCCCAGCAGUGGACCCUGGGGAAGAGCAACCGGCUAUAUCAAGUCUCAGUGGGCCAAUGCCUGGCCGUGGUCGACACAAUCAGCCCCAAGGGAUACGUUGCCAUGGCGAUCUGUGAUGGCUCUCAGUCCCAGCAGUGGCAGUUGGAGGGCUGAUGUUGAUACCCCACAACUAGUAAAAUUCCAGACAUUGACUGCCCCCCUCUGGACGGAGGGUGGGGGGGAAUACUGCACACUACUGCUGUGACAAGGAAAGAGGGAUGGAACUAAUUAUACGGACUGUGUUCUUGAAGACUUGGAGAAUGAAUGCUGUUUGUCUUCAGAACUGGUUCCAGCCUCCCUGAAGUGCACAGAGUAAGUACACUGUAGUCUCAACCGCAUUUGUAUGACUUCCCCUCUUGGAAAUUAGUACUCCAUUUUUCCCUGAGAACAAUUCCUUGUCCUAUGUUUUAGAAUGUGUCAUGCAAGUGAUUUAAAAAAAAAAGUACAAUCAUUUUUUAAAUUAAUUUUAUCCAAAUAAUAUUGCGUAAGUCCCCCAAAACUGUUUAUUAAGAACUGUGGACUACCAGUAUUAGGACCCUGGUUUUAGAGUAUUUUUAUUCUGUACUUAUUACAAUUUGUUAUUAAAGUGGAAUUGGCAGCGUUUUAACUACUUUUCAGAUAUGAAACAGACAAUCAUGACAAAUUCCUUGACGUACAGUAAGCCAUUGUUGGCAGAAUAGCUGGAUGUAAUUCACCAAUACCAGAAAUAUUGCAAAUCACAGCUGGCCUGCUACACUAGUUUGCUGCAUCCACCUAAUCAGGAUGUACUGUUUUAGUUUCAAUGACUCAAUACAAUCAACCCAGCAAUGGCAAUGAAUAAGUCAGUCAUACCAUGGCUAAUAGGCUAGCGUAUCUAUUUAUUUCGCAAGCUAAAAACAGAGCCCAACAUUGGGAAGAUGUCAUGCCAUUGGAGGAGUGACCCGUUGUUGCUAUGUUUGCAGUUUUUUCGGCUAAGUUGCACUGCGGCUGCCAUGGCUUUUCUCUUAAAUAUUUUGUUUCUGAGACCUGCUGCUGACUCAGGCAGUGAGGCAGGCUGUUGCUGAGUGAGUGGUGGGGAGGACCAGAGGAGUGUGUGUGUGUUGAGAGCACUGGAGUUAUUGGCUGAGUCACAUGAGCAAGAGGAGAGCGAGCAGCAUGUGCGCUCGUUGUGGCAACUUUUUACCAGUUGUCAUUAUGGAAACACCUUUUUCCAUAAAACAUUAAUGCGCUAGAACUGAUGCAAAUCAAGAAAUAAUGACACAAAGCACUGGAAAAAGACUGGGCGCACUAGAGCACAUUACAUAUAUUUGCUCCGAGGUGGUUUAAACUGCAUUCCAAUGUUAACUGCUUAAAGACAAUGGUAUCAAGCUCAGUUCUUGGGGCUGCCCGGGUGGAAAUUAUGGAACUCCCUCACGUAGUUAUUUUUAUGGGGGAAAGUUCUCAAUGAAAUUGACAAGCAUUAUACAUUUGCUUCUGUUGGAGUGCCUGGACACAGCCGUGGAAUAUUGGCCAUAUAUCACAAACCCCAGAGGAGCCUUAUUGCUAUUAUAAACUGGUUAUCAACGUAAUUAUAACAGUAAAAAUAAAUGUUAUGUCAUACCCGUGGUAUUCAAUCUGAUAUACCAUGCCUUUCAGCCAUUGAGAAUUCAGGGCUCAAACCACCCAGUUUGAGCCCUGAAAGCCGUGGUAUAUCAGACCAUAUACCACGGGUAAGACAAAACAUUGGUGGGUAUAUAGCGGCUCCGCAUUGCGUCUUGCAUAAGAACAGCCCUUAGCCCUAGUAUAUUGACCAUAUACCAUACCCCCUUGUGCCUUAUUGCUAAAUCCUUGUCAAACGAGUUAAAUUGAUAAAUUCUGGCAAGUUUAAGGGCAAAUUCUUUUCUUGCCACAUACAAAAUUUGUUCUAACAUCAUUACAAUUUCCUAUGAUAUUCCUUCCUAAUUGGCUCAAUAACAUUAUGGAAAAAUGGUUUAUUCUAUAGAUAUGGCAACUUCUCUCUUGCUGAAAAAAGGGUUUUGAGAGGUCAUUGGGCUAGAAUUUCUUUCGUGCCCUUUUUCUCCGCAUCGUUUCUUUGUGGCUAGGGAUGCAGGUGUCAUUUGGUAAGCAAGUAUGAAAUGUGAAUCGCUUUGCGAGUUAGCUUGAACGUAAAUUUGCUGUGGCUGAGUGUGCCAUAGCGCAGAACACUGAGGAAUUUAUGAAUGAGCAGUCAGUAAAACGAAAACAGCAUACAGCAAUUUACUCUGCUAGGGCGAGAAAAUUGUCAGAGUGGUGUCUGGAAGUAGCAAGCUAGCCAACUCUAGCCAGUUAGCUUGGGUGCCGUUUUGAGGUCAGAAGCUUCGGAUCAACCCUACUCCUCGGCCGGAAUGCCCAGAUCGCACUCAAACACACCCCUUGUUAAUGUGCAUAACUGAGUGAGAGAGAGCCUACCGUUUGAUUAAUAGGACUGUGAAGUUCCCAAAUGUAACAGGACCCCUGUGGUAUUUUAGUGCCUUCGGAAAGUAUUCAGACCCCUUGACUUCUCCCACAUUCUGUUACACUACAGCCUUAAUCUAAUCCUCAACAAUCUACACACACUACCCCAAAGCGAAAACGAGUUGACAUUUUUGCAAAUUUAUUAAAAACAACCUUAUUUGCAUAAGUAUUCAGACCCUUCGCUAUGAGACUCGAAAUUGAGCUCAGGUGCAUUCUGUUUCUACAACUUAAUUGUGGUAAAUUAAAUUGAUUGCACAGGCACACACCUGUCUAUAUAAGGUCCCACAGUUGACCGUGCAUGUAGGAAUAAAAACCAAGCCGUGAGGUUGAAGGAAUUGUACGUAGAGCUCCAAGACAUGAUUGUGUCGAGGCACAGAUCUGGGGAAGGGUACCCAAAAAUGUCCCCAAGAACACAGUGGCCUCCAUUAUUUUUUAAAUGGAACAAGUUUGGAACCCCCAAGAUUCUUCCUAGAGCUGGCCGCUCGGCCAAACGGAGGAGGGCGGCCUUGGUUUGAGAUACAUUUUUACAGGGACAGUGCGCAUUAAUCAACGUUUCAGUAAAAGUACCGGUUUUAGCCAGCCGGCUAAUUUUCAACCGCAGUCCCUGGGCAGGUUAUUAAAAACAAUUACAAUACAGACAAUCAAUAAGCAGUGAGCACGCGCAGAGCAACAUAGAACAAACAAGACAUAGCAAUGGAGGUGAUCUAGAACCCAAUGGUCACUUUGACAAGAGUUCCUCUGUGGAGAUGGGAGAACCUUCCAGGAGGACAACCAUCUCUGCAGCACUCUACUAAUCAGGCCUUUAUGGUAGUGACCAGACGGAAACCACUCCUCAGUAAAAGGUACACGACAGCCCUCUUGGAGUUUGCCAAAAGGCACCUAAAGAAUCUCAGACCAUGAGAAGCACGAUUCUCUGGUCUGAUGAAACCAAGAUUGAACUCUUUGGCCUGAAUGCCAAGCGUCACAUCUGGAGGAAACCUGGCAGCAUCAUGCUGUGGGGAUGUUUUUCAGCGGCAGGGACUUGGAGACUCAAUGUCCUUGAGUGGCCCAGCCUUGAACCCAAACAAACAUCUCUGGAGAGACCUUAAAAUAGCUGUGCAGCAACACUCCCCAUCCAACCUGACAGAGCUUGAGAGGAUCUGCUGAGAAGAAUGGGAGAAACUCCACAAAUGCAUGUAUGCCAAGCUUGUAGCGUCAUAACCAAGAAGACUCCGCUGUAAUCGCUGCUUUAACAAAGUACUGAGUAAAGGGUCUGAAUACUUAUGUAAAUGUGAUUUUAGAAUAAGGCUGUAACAUGAAAAAGACAAGGGGUCUGAAUACUUUCCAAAGGCACUGUACGUAUUUUAUGGCUUUUGGCGAAUGCAUUCUAAAGUCACGCUGUUACUACUGCCUGUAAACACAGUCCAGUUCAAAGUGAAUUAUGCCAGGCCCAUGUGGCAAACGGCUUAAUUGCAUAUAAGCCUACGGCGCACCUGUCUGCGGAGACUCUGGUCCUGGACAGGACAGAUUGUUUUAUUUACUCUAGUGUCUAACUCUCUAAAAGCACAGCUGUUUCCCACUCUAUAUUGCUAUAGAAUUUUCACAAAUGCCUUACUAUACGUCAUUCCCAAACUUUUAUGAAAAUGUAAAACAAAAUAAUCUUCCUGGGGGUGUAUGCGAACAGAUUUCAUGUUACAAAGCUGUCAGUUCCACUUGAAUUACUAUGACAUACAGUAUUUAAUUUAAUUUUGUAAAAUUUUCUUUGGCAGAAACUUUCUAUUGUACAAAUAUUUAUCACUGGAAUUUUGUUUUAAGUUAUGUAUUUGUCAUUCUUCUUUGAAACUGUUGAUAGGCUAGACCAGGGCUCUCCAACCCUGGUCCUGGAUAGCCACCCUCCUGUAGGUUUUUUGCACCAACCCCAGUUUUAACUAACCCGAUUCCGCUCUACAACCAGCUAAUUAUUAGAAUCAGGUAUGCAAGCUUAGGGUUGGAGAGCCUUGGACUACACUGCAUUAGCUCUACUGACCAAAAGAUCGACAUUGUGUGCAGUCUAUGGAAAUCAUGUUGAAUAGGGUAAGUGGGAAUGCGGGGAUAGUCUUUAAUUGCCCAAAGAAUAUAGCAGUCUCGGAUCACACUAGCCGUCUGUCCUGCACUGUUCUAGUGAGCUAUGAUUGGUUUUUGUUUCCUUAUCUAAAUGUACACUGAGUAAUUCUCUUGCAAAUGAGACAACCAAAUAAAUGUUAAUUGAAGUACGAA